UUUGAGUAGCUUUGAGGACGUUUGUUUGUAUUGGGAAGUUCAGAGCUUUUCCUGUUUGUCAUUUAAAUAAUAAAGUAAAAGUCGACUCGUAUAUUAAACGUAUUGGACUGCGCAUCAGCAUACAAGAGAUGGGGGGCUACGGAGUAAUGGCUGAAGAGGGAACCAUCGAUUACUCAGUUCAUGAAGCUUGGAACGAAGCCACUAACGUUUACCUGCUGGUCAUCUUAGUCAGCUUCGGACUGCUCAUGUACGCCAGAAAAAACAAAAGGAAGAUAAUGAGAAUUUUUUCAGUGCCUCCUACUGUUGAACCAACACCUGAACCUAACUUUUAUGACAACAUGCAAAAAGUUCGGUUACGGCAGCAGCUAGAAAUGUACUAUAUUGCUCGAAAAUAUGACAGUCAACAGCAGCAGCAGCAGCAGCAGCAGCAAUGCCAGUCAGAGUGUGUGCAGCUCUUGGUGGAAUAAAAGAGUAAACUUAAACUUCCUACUAAUGAAUUAUUAUAAGGGACAUUAGAUAUUGUUAUGGUGACAGAGUUAAUGUAUUAAUCCAAUUGAUUCUUUAUGAAUUAAGUGAAGGACAUUUUGCUCAGUGGUUGAGUUUCUAUAACGUAUUACACACAGUACUAUGUUGUUAGCGUAUGUUUCAAGGUAUGCUUACAGUAUAAAUUUUAUUUGGUUUAUGGAUCUGCUGCAUUGUUUUCUUUGCCGGCUGUAUAUGAUUUGUGUUCACUGAUUUUUAAACAUGAGUUUGCAGUCUAGUUUUUAUACUUUCA